AUGGAUUUGAGCAAAUUUAAUGAAGUAAAACACGUAGAGCAAAUCUUGAAUGAAAAAAGUAAAGUCGAAUGGCGACUUGGUGAAGUCACGCAAUAUUGGAACGAUGCUAAAUGGAGAAUUGGAGAGUUAGAAGCAGAUGUGGCACACAGACAGUGGUUACUGGAUCAAGCAAAUCGUAAAAUAAUCGAACAUUUAAGUUUAAGCCCAGUAAUACAAGCACAAAAUAAACUGAAUUAG